AGUCAAAUAACCACCCCUUAAUGAUAAAUGUUUUUGUGAAUAAAUGAAAAAAAUUAUAUGGAUUCUAAGUGCUUCUGAAUUGUAAAAAAGUAUUUCAAUGUUUCACAGAUAUGGAUAAUAAUAAUAAACUCACCCCCUACCCUUGAUAUCCACCCCUAAUUCAUAAGUUAUAAGAUACUGAAUUCAGUUUUCAACAAUCAGAAAAAUAAUUUUCACUGAUUAUUAUCAUAUUGAGUAAUGCAUUGAGUACAUACUCAAUGCACUCCCCUCCACGAUGGCGUAGAGGGGAGUGCAUUGGGUAAAUGAAAGGGGGGGUACGACAGUAGCAAAGAAGCUCCCAUGUGGAACUGCUGUUAUAAGGCAAUCAGCGCGUCGUUUCGUUUUCUCUGUGUAGCGUUCUCCCACUACCUCACCGAUUGAGCCUGGAUUCAAUUAUAUAUAAAUCAAUAUGUGGGAAUUGGAAUCUUUAUUGCAUUCAAAAUUAUUUUGGAUUACAUCUUUUGUGUUUGUUAUUUAUUUCUAUCUUAAAUUAAUAAUUUAUAAUUAUUUCAAAAGAAAUAAUAUACCACAAGAUGAUCCUAUAAUACCUUUUGGAAGUUUAUUGCCUAUUGUUCGUGGACAAACGAGUGUUGGUCACUUAAUCAAGGAAAGUUAUGAUCGACACAAAUUACAACCAUUUCAUGGAAUGUAUAUGCUUCAUGUACCACAUUUAAUAAUUAAUGAUCCUGAAUUAAUACGUCUUAUUUUGGUGAAAGAUUUUAAUUAUUUUCAUGAUCGUGGCUUAUAUUUUAAUAAAGAGGUAGAUCCAAUAUCAGCUCAUUUAUUUUUUUUACCCGGCGAAGAAUGGAAACAUCUUAGAUCAAAACUUUCGCCAACAUUUACAUCGGGUAAAAUAAAACAAUUGUUUCCGUUAAUUGAAAAAAUAGGUGACGAUCUCACUAAAGAAUUGACUAUACGCAUUAAAAAAUCAAAUACAUUGGAAAUUAAGGAUAUAAUUGGCAGAUUCACAACUGACGUGAUUUCCUCUAUUGCAUUUGGUUUGGAAAGUAAUAGUUUACAAAAUCCAGAUUCAGAAUUUCGUGCUUAUGGACUAAAAACUUUGAUUAUUCAUCCAUUAAAAAUGAUUACUUCUUUAUUUGCCUCUGGUAUUCUCAAUAUUUUAAAAGUGCCUCUUAUAAAUAAAGAGGUUGCACAUUUUUUUAACAACGUCUUUAGUGAUGUGAUUGAUUACAGACGUAAACAUAAAACGGUAAGAAAAGAUUUUCUCAAUUUAUUAAUUCAACUUAUGGAUCAUGGAGAAGUUGAGGAUGAUGAAGAAACUAAGGAUUCAAAAAAGAAAUCACAGCUUGCUAAAAAUACCGACACAAUUGAUAUGUCAACAGCAUGUGCACAAAGUUUUGUAUUUUUUGUUGCGGGAUUUGAAACAUCGUCAUCAACAACAACUUAUUGUCUACAUGAAUUGGCUGUAAAUCAAGAGAUUCAAGAAAAAUUACGCGAAGAAAUUAAUUAUGUAUUGGAAGAUCGGACUAAAUUGACUUAUGAAGAUAUUCAGGAAAUGAGUUAUCUCGAUAAAGUUGUAUCAGAAACAUUGAGAAAGUUUCCAAUUCUUCCAAUUUUGAAUCGUGUCUGCCUGAAAGAUUAUCAAAUUCCUGAUUCUAAUUUAUGUAUUAAAAAAGGAAUGAAUAUAAUUAUUCCAAUAUUGGCUUUGCAACAUGAUCCAAAUUAUUUUCCAAAUCCUGAAGAAUUUCGACCAGAGCGAUUUGAUUCUGAUGAAAUUGCCGAAAGACAAGCAUUUACAUAUUUGCCAUUUGGAGAAGGGCCAAGAAUAUGUAUUGGAAAGCGAUUUGGUCGUCUACAAAUAAAAGUUGCUUUAAUUAAAAUAUUGUCAGUGUUCAAAAUCACUGUUUGUGAAAAAACUGAAAUUCCACUCAAACCAACAAAGCGUAAUUUAAUUAUAAGACCGGAAAAUGAUGUAUUUUUAGGAUUUGAAAAAUUAAGAAAAUAAUUUUUCAUUUGUCAUAUAGCGAUGAAUUUCGUAAUGAUUUUGUUUUUUUUUCCUUUUAUAAUAUAUUAUUUAAAAAUAACGUUUUUAACAAAACGGCGGAAAAAAAAUAUUGUUUUGCCCGUCUAUUUAUUAAAUAAAUAAAUAUUUUAAUCUAUAAAAUAUUAAAUCUAUUACAGAAAUAUAUAGAGAAUUUAAAAAAAAAAAUGAAAUGUACAAAAAAAUUAAUAAUAGUUACACUUGGGAUUUUGCACUACAUUGACUUAUGAAAAUGUUCAGACAAUGUAUUUACCAUUUGGAGAAGGGCCAAAGAUUUGUAUCGAUAUCGUGCUAUAAAUAAGAUAAAUUAAUAUAUAAAUAAUAAUUUUUAUUAUAUUAUA